AUGUAUUUCGCAAAGUCUGCUUUCGUCGUCUCUCUCCUGGCACUCUGCCGCGUUGCAGUGGCCGCUGAUCCGCCUUCAUGCCUUCUGGCCGCUAUUGGCACGGAGAGCAACCCUGCCGAUCUCGCUUCGCUCUGCGGCUCAGCCAGUAGCGCUGUACAAUCUCAGAUCUCGCAGUCUUGCGGUGACGACACCCAGACCGCGAUGACCUUCUACUCCAACACUUGUGCUUCUGCCGGCCACCAAGUUGUCCUCAACUCCUCUGUCAGCUCCGCUAGCUCUACGACCUCCGACGCUACCACGACCGCUUCUGGAUCUUCCAAGACUGGGUUCGUUACCAUCGUUACCACUACCGCUACAAGCGGAUCUUCUGGCUCUUCUAGCUCUAGCUCUGGCGCGAGCAGUUCUUCCUCGGCGCAUUCGCCAUCCUCUACUGGUGCCGCCUCGUCCAACAAGCAAGUCUCUGCCGCUGCAUUCGCGGCCGUGGUCUUCGUCAGUUUCGCGGCUGCGAUGUGA